UCCUUCCUCCAUCAGCGACUGCCGUGUCUGAGCGCAGCGGACAACCAUCACCAUGACUAGUGACGACCAGUUCUUUUUCGACUACUUGGCUUGGAUCCCGCAUGACGUAAGGCGAUAUUCUCAUCAGGUCGCCGAUUCUAUCGAUCGCCAAGUCGAUCACGCCGCGAACGUAAUUCGCGACACCCUCUCCGACCAGACCUGGCUCCCUUCAACGGUUCGCCCCUCGCCCAGAUAUCGACCGAGCCCGGCUGUAUCGCAGUCUUUGGUUGAUCGCGCGCAUGGAUGGGUUCUGCAUAAUCGCGCAUGGAGUGCGGCCAUUCUCGCCUUCGUCGGAACCACCUGCGUCCUAUACCUUAGUAACAAAAAGCUGAAUCGUAAACGGCGGCGAGCAAGGAGGGCCGGGAAUGGCGCUCGCAAAGAAAUCGUGGUUGUUGCGGGAUCGGCGCACGAACCGAUGACUCGAGCGAUCGCCUCCGAUCUCGAACGUCGAGGAUACAUUGUCUAUGUGACCGUAUCCGCUAGCAACGAAGAACAGAUUAUCAGAGGCGAAAGCCGCGAAGACAUCCGGUCCCUCUGGCUUGAUCUCUCUACCACUCCCUCCAGCCCGUCUGGCAUUCACCCCUCCCUGAGCGAAAUCCACACGCUUAUCACCCAACCACAAUCACCGGUCGCCGGCCUUCAACCUCACACCUGCCAGCUCAGUGGACUUAUCCUGGUCCCCUCACCCACCUAUACUAGCGGCCCUGUCGCAACAAUUCCGCCCUCCACCUGGGUCGACACAAUCAACACACGUCUCCUCUCCCCUAUCCUUACCGCGCAACUGUUCCUCCCCCUCCUUAACGUCCGCAAUAACCACAGCACCAUCAUCAUCGCCUACCCCACAAUCUCCUCGUCCCUCUCCGCUCCGUUCAGCGGGCCCGAAGUCGCAACCACUCGCGCGCUAUCCGGAUUCGCUACCUCCCUCCGCCGCGAGUUGACGUUCCAUCCGAACAUCCAUGUCGUCGAGCUAAAGCUCGGAAACAUCGACCUUGGUCCGUCCUACCGGACUCCGCAGAGCCAUAUUGCCGGCACGGAGGUGCUGGGCUGGAGCGUCCAGCAGCGCUCGCUGUAUGCGUCUCAGUAUCUGAACAGCAUUGAAGCACGGCCUGCGGCACCCGCAGGCCCGAGUCUCAUCCGGGGAUCGUCGGCGCGCACCCUGCAUAACGCGGUGCAGGAUGCGCUGGAGGUGCCGACGAAGGAUGUGUUCGGCCGCCGAGGCAGCAAGAAGUCUGUCAUUUACGCCGGAAGGGGCGCAAGAGCGUAUAGUAUAAUUGGGGAGUGGGUACCCUCUGGAUUGGUUGGCUGGAUGCUGGGAUUGAGGUCGAAGCAGCAGCACUAUCCUUGUCACUUUCAGCCGCAGCAGCACGCGACUUCUUCUUCAUCAUCAUCGCCGAGGGAGAGUUCCGCUAGUGCGGGGAGUAAUAGUGAGACGAGCGGCUGGGAGCGGGUGUAGUAGCGCCCAUCAGUUUCUGGUGCAGAAUCUAUGAUUGGGAUAUAGUUUUCCUUGCCUCGCCUAGACCUGGCCAAAAAAACAGGGAUAUGCUCUGGAUCUACCGAAAAACACUACUCAACUCAACCCAUUUCAUUUGAAUCCGAAAUCGCGCAUCGAAUAACGAAGCCAUGAACGCAGUUGAAACUCCAGCUUGGACGCAUAAUCCCGAAAGUAGUGAUCAAAGUAAACAUCAUAUUACAGCGGACCCCUCCCCACCUUUCUCACAUCAGUCCUUCAAUCUGUUCCCAGCACAAUCAUGUCAACAUCUCUCCCUUAGAC